CUUUUUGGAUUUACUUAAUUUUGCCAAUAAAUUGUCAAAAACAUCUGAAAUUUUUAUUAUUUUCCUCAUAACAAAAAUUUUGUUAUGCUACUUGCUAGCAAUUCAUAGAUUUUUUGAGUUACCAUAAUUCUUUGGUUUAUAUGAUAAUACGGGCGACGACAGAAUCUACUAUACAUGCUUGAUGUUUAGAUUGUCGUUAUACAAAAAAUGAUUAAUUUUUAUAAAAUUAAAACUGGAAUAAGGAUUAAUUUUCAUGAAAUCGGCAUUACUUUGAGAAAUCUUUCUACUUGGUCUCCUCUUGCAACAACUUUCAACUCACCUCCACCGAAAAAGCUAAAUAUAACGAAAUCUAAUACUGGUGUUUUCAAUAUAAAACAGUUAAGAACGCCGGAAGGGUUUUACCUUUUACAAGAAGAUGUGAUAUCGAAAACGGAAAAUUUAGUUGAUGAAGCUGUUUCUUUGAACCGCAAAAGGAAAUUGGUGGAAAUAUUUGAUGAAUUAUCAGAUUCUUUAUGCAAAGUGGCUGAUUUAGCUGAAUUUAUUAGAUUAUCUCACCCUGACCACAAAUAUUCAGACGCUGCAACCCAGGCAUGUAUUACUGUCAGUGGACUUGUGGAAAAAUUAAAUGUGCAUAAAGAGCUGUUUCAAGCCUUGCAGUAUGUAGUAAAUAAUGGUGAUCUAAUGAAAACAAGUGCUAUAGAUCAGCACGUUGCUAAAUUGUUUUUGUUCGACUUUGAGCAAAGCGGUAUCCAUUUAGAAGAAUCAUAUAGAAAAAAAGUUGUUGAAAUAAAUGAAGCCAUUUUACAAAUAGGACAGAAAUUCAUGGAUGGGGCUGUUCAUCCCCGUUCAAUAAUGAAAAGCUUACUCCCAGAAGAUAUAAGAAAACAUUUUCCAGUUGAAGGUGACAAGAUAUAUGUUUCAGGUUUAUAUACUGAUUCAUCUAGCUCUGUAGCACGUGAAGCAGCUUAUAGGCUUUUUUUAUAUCCUGAUCAUAAUCAAGAAAAAUUACUUGAAGAUCUUAUAAAAUAUCGUUAUAUAUUAGCGACGAUUUGUGGUUUCGAUACCUACGCAGAUCGAGCAUUAAAGGCGAGUACAGUCGAAAAUCCAUCUGCAGUAAAUUCAUUUCUUGAUGAGCUUUCACUAUCUAUAAGAAGUAGAUCAGAAAAAGAAUUCAACUUAAUGGAAAAAAUUAAAAAAAGCAAUAGUGGAUUACCCAAUGCUAAAUUGGCAGCUUGGGAUACCCCGUAUUUUACAAUGUUAAUGAAGCGGAAAUGGUUGCAAGGCUCCAUUGAAGAUUUUAAUCCAUUUUUUAGUUUGGGAAGUUGUAUGGACGGGUUGAGUUUAUUAAUGCAUUCUUUGUAUGGAAUAACCUUAGAAACUGUUCCUAUGGAACCCGGUGAAGAUUGGACAGAUUUAUUAUACAAAUUAGCUGUAGUGCAUGAAUCAGAAGGAUUAUUGGGAUACAUAUAUUGCGAUUUCUUUGAACGCCCUAAUAAACCCAAUCAAGAUUGUCAUUUCACUAUUCAAGGUGGUAAAAAGUUAAAUGACGGAAGUUAUCAGAUGCCUAUCGUAGUUGUAAUGUUGAAUUUACGUCAGCAUCGUUGGAAUGCUACUGCAUUACUAAACCCUUCCAUGGUUGAUAACUUAUUUCAUGAAAUGGGUCAUGCAAUGCACUCCAUGCUAGCUAGAACUGAAUACCAACAUGUAACAGGUACAAGGUGUAGUACAGAUUUUGCCGAGGUUCCUUCUGUUUUAAUGGAAUAUUUUGCAUCAGAUCCAAGGGUACUACGAACUUUUGCAAAACAUUUUCAAACAAAAGAGCCCAUGCCAGAAGAAAUGAUUCAGAGAUUAUGUGCAUCAAAAAAUUUAUUUAUGGCAAGUGAAACCGAACUACAGAUUUUUUAUUCUGCGUUAGACCAAAGAUAUCAUGGUCUACCUGAGCAACAGAAAUCCACUACUACAGAAACAUUAAAAGAAGUUCAACAGCAAUUUUAUACUUUACCUUAUGUGGAAAAUACCGCUUGGCAACUAAGGUUUUCACAUUUGGUCGGAUAUGGUGCGAAAUACUAUUCAUAUUUGCUUUCAAGGGCCGUAGCUUCUUGGAUUUGGCAAACAUAUUUUUCAGCUGACCCAUUUAGUAGAGAAGCUGGCGAAAAAUAUAGAAAAGAGUGUUUAAGUCAUGGUGGAGGCAUUCCAAGCAAACAGCUGAUUGAAGGCUUUCUAGGGAAAGAAGUAAACCCAAAAACUUUAUCAGAAAGCUUGAUAAGGGAAAUAGAUAACAAUAACGAGCAUAUGCAAAAAAUGUCGAAAGAGCUCAAUAUCAACUUGACCAACUAAUUCACACUAUUUUAAAAUUUUUUAUGUUUGUAAAUAAAUAUUAGUCCAUAAUUUUUUUACUGUUACUGGAAAUUGUAUCAUGCAAUAAAAAUGAUUGCAUUAAGCAUAUUUAUUAAGAAUAAGGAGAUAUGAAUUUGAAUAUAAAAUAUGAAAAAUCGUGUAGAUUGAGAUUUAAAAAAAAUAUUUAUACUCAUACUCAUAUGUAAAAAAAAUCGGAUUAUUUC